AUGGCGAUUAAUCCCCAGGUACAAUCACUUCCGAGUUACCAUCUUAUUCGUGAUUCUCAGCAGAUGGUGUGGGUCCUAAAAGGAAAUUGGUUAAUAGCAGUUCCUUUUGGCAGCAAUGUGGAACCUGUCGCUCUUUCCUUAAUAGCAUGUACAGACACGGACUUCUACAGUACAGGAAAAGGUACUCCAUAUUACCUGGGAAUCAAGGAACAAAAUCUCUGUCUCUGCGGCACAGAAAUCCAGGGCCAGCCUACUUUGCAGCUUAAGGAGGAAAAUAUCAUGAACCUAUAUGGGGACGUCAAAGGGCAGGAGCCCUUUCUCUUUUUCCACAGCAAGGAGGGCUCCACUUUUGCCUUUCAGUCAGUCUCCUGCCCAGGCUGGUUCAUAGCUACCUCCUCCAUGGGGGGACAGCCCGUCACUCUCACCAAGGAGGGGGGCAAAACUGAAAGAAAGCACUGA